AUGUUCUAUAAUCUCAAGGGAAUUUUCGACAAUUGGCUCUGUCAGGGUCACGAGAGAGAUGAAAAACUUCAGAAAGUCUUGGAUCAGCUAAAUCCAUCUUGCAAAGAAGAAACUAACAAGAGGAUUACACCAAAAUCCGAGAAAACAAGGCCUCCCAAAAGAACGAAGAGAUGUACUGGAGGUGACAGCGAGAAGCGUUACCGAGCAACAUUUGACAAGUCACAGAUCUAUCAGAUGGAAAGAGUGUUUCUCCUAAACCACUACCCUGAUGUAGCGGCCAGAUCUGAACUGUCAAACAGCACUGGAUUAUCAGAAGCUCAAGUCCAGAUCUGGUUUCAGAACAGACGAGCAAAAUGGCGCAAACAACAAAGAAAACGUCGCCAUGAUGUACCCACCAUUUUCGGUUUAGGUUACCCGAGUCAUUUGGCUCGCUUUUGUGGAGGUUUCGAACCAUACACCCUAUUCCCAUACGAGUAUUACAACACCGACUUCUGGACAUGCGCACGACAGCAAGUAGCGGCGUUUCAAUUUGCCUCGAUGCCAAGUUCACCCACGCCACCUGCCUCGUCCAGUCCCCACGAUUCGUGCUCGCCCAAGUCCACCGACUCGGCAGCCUCCAGCUCGGAGGAGGCCCAAGGCGAGGUCGAAAAUUUGGAAAUUCGUAACGACUCAAGUCUGCUUUCACUUCGGUUGAGAGCUAAAGAACACAUUGCCGCUAUGGAGCAAGAGUCUCAAGGAGUUUAG